ACAUGAAGUGCUCAUUUUUACUACAGAUACUAGCUAUGUAUAAAUUUGGAAACACAAGUUAGACAAAACUAAAAGGAAGCUGAGCUCAAAGAGACUUAAAAAUAACUCAUGACUGACAUUAAGCUGGUAAAACCACUGCAAAUCCCAAUUUAAUCCAACUCUAUACUUGCUUCUAGAAACGUGUAGUCAAGCCAGAUUAAAGGCAGGUUCGCGGUUGCCAUUGUUUUCUUAAACUUCUGCUGCUGCUUCUUCAAAGGAUUUGCGAACAAAAACAGUGCAAGCUCUUGAGCGACAAGUCAACAUAUGGCGGUUCUUUUUCAAAGGCAGCUACAAUACAAAAGGGUUUGGAAUUAGAGAAUAAUAGACUUAAACCAAGCGGUGAUUAUGAGGCUUUGCAAGACCUUACUAAUGGUCUGGAURCGAGAAUUACAUCAAACAAUUCCCUAAUGAGUGCAUGCUGGACGCUGAUUGGCUGACGUGGGAACUUGUCAAUAUCAUUAAUCUCAUGACAGGCUGACAUACGUUGUGUUAAAUAGUGGCAAUAACAUCACAGUACGAACAAACAGUUCAGCCAGCCCAAGGCACAUCAUGGCGACUGUUCCAAUCACUAUUAUUAUAUCAUCACUUAUACUGCUGUGUUUACAUCACGGAUCAUCAAAAGAGAUGAAAUGCGAAGAAAUCAGCAUCCCAAUGUGCCGUGGAAUCGGCUAUAAUUUAACCUACUUGCCAAACUUAUUCAAUCACGAUACACAGGCCGAAGCAGCUCUUGAAGUUCAUCAGUUCUGGCCUCUCGUUGAGAUCCAGUGUAGUCCUGAUUUAAGGUUCUUUCUGUGUAGCAUCUAUGCUCCGAUUUGUGAGAAACAAUACAACAAGGACUUGCCUCCUUGUCGAUCGGUGUGCGAGCGUGCAAGAACUGGUUGCUCGCCGCUAAUGCGAAAAUACGGUUUCUCGUGGCCUGAUAGAAUGAAAUGCGAAAACUUUCCUGAGUUUGGAGACCCUAAAACAUUGUGUAUGGGUAAAAAUGGAACCGAAGAAUCGACAUUAGACUCGCAGGGACCAAAAACGGUCACACCGCCGGAGAAACCCGGCAUUAUAGCGCGUCCAUCAAACUGCUGUUCAUGUCAACCGCCAUUCGUAUCCAUUGCAGGCAAGAAUAUCAAGCCAACACGAAGUGUAUCCGUCGGUGGAGUACAGCAAUGUGCGAUGGCUUGUAAUCGAACUUUCUUCACGAAAGAUCAGGACAGUUUUGCUUCAUUUUGGAUCGGGCUAUGGGCAAUAUUAUGUUUUAUAUCGACGCUGGUUACAGUGUUAACAUUUUCUGUGGACAUGCUAAGGUUCAAGUACCCAGAACGACCGAUUAUAUUCCUUUCAGCUUGUUAUUUGAUGGUCAGUAUUGGUUAUAUAAUAAGACUGAUUGUUGGCUCAAAGACGAUCGCCUGCGAUUCCAAUGGUCUCAUGCGUUACGAGACGUCAGGACCGGCGCUAUGUACUAUUGUAUUUCUGCUUAUCUACUUCUUUGGCAUGGCUAGUAGCGUUUGGUGGGUGAUUCUUGCUUUUACGUGGUUCCUAGCUGCGGGAAUGAAAUGGUCCAGCGAGGCCAUCACAAACUAUAGUCAGUACUUCCAUGUUAUUGCAUGGCUUGUACCAGCUAUUCAGACUAUUGCUGUUCUUGCAAUGUCCACUGUAGAUGGCGAUCCUGUAGCUGGUAUUUGCUUCGUUGGAAAUCAUAACCUACAAAGCCUAGUUGUCUUCGUAAUUAUCCCUCUUGUUGUAUAUCUAGUAUUUGGGACAUCAUUUCUUUUAGCUGGAUUUUACUCGUUAAUUCGUAUUCGAAAAGUACUACGGCAACACACGGGAGCGAAAGUCGAUAAACUAGAAAAACUUAUGAUUCGCAUUGGAGUAUUUUCUGUACUGUAUGUAGUCCCAGCUACAAUCGUCGUUGCGUGUUAUUUCUACGAAUACGUAAAUCGUGAAAAUUGGGAAAAGUCUAUAAACUGCUCUAAAUGUGGAGUGAAAGGACUCAAGCCAGACCAUUCAGUCUUUAUUAUCAAAUAUUUUAUGUGCCUGGUAGUUGGAAUUACUAGUGGAUUUUGGAUUUGGUCCGGGAAAACAGUGGAGUCGUGGAAGAACUUUUGUCAGCGAUUAUCCGGAUCACGCCAGACGAACAAACACAAAUCAGUAGUCACACAUAAGAAAUCUGCUACCGCUACAGUUUGAACAAGAUUUGUUUAUUUUAAGUUGAAUAUUUAACUCGUAGAAGCAAGGCUAAAUGAACUCACAGACAUAACUUAACAUUGUCGAACACUAUACGCUUUCAGGGAAUUGAAACUAUCUCGUCUUCUUAGUUCAACUAAGUCGUUUUAUACCAAUAUGUCGACAUAAUCUUUCCGGGGUAUUGUAUCCAAAUGGAUAACCAGUGUUGACUUUGCUAGUUGUGGCUCGACCACGCUACUUUUAUUUACCUUAAAACAUUCAUAGAGCGAAAAAACAAUGUUCUAAUUUGCAUACUAUAAUGGCCGCUCUGCCUUGAAUUGUAGACGAAGCGUGCCAAGCAAAAAUGUAACCAACUUUACGGUCAUUCCUUAUCUUACAAGCUCGACCUUUGCUAGUUGCCAGUUUUAUGCUUUUAGCUUAGAGUAAAUUGAUAAAUCAAACAAUCUUGACGACCUGAAAGCGGUAUAAAAGCCUUUUGAACCAGUAAUUGCAGUCAUUAUAAACCCCACGAGAAUUUCAUAGUCAUAGUUCUAGGACUAAACCCCUAAAGCCUUUUUAUUGUAAGUUUUCUCAGUCAUACAUAACUCAGACAGACCAAGUUGUGUUUUCAGGCCUAGCUCACACGAAUAUCUUAGGAAUUAGAGGAAUAUUUGUUGAAAAGACUWUAUCUUAAAUGUAAAGUAAAUCUAACUUUAUUCUUUAAUAAACUAAUAUGAGAUUAGGAAA